AUGCAGUUUUUGUUUAAUGCGGGAUUCCGAGAAUCGUCAGACUCCCUAAUCCUUUCCGCGGGUUGUGAUCGUAACCAAAUUGAAAAACUUUUACGUCAACUGAAAGGUCCACCGCCUCCUAAGAUUGAUCCUUCCCAACACAGCGUUCUUAUGCGCUUAGAGUCCUAUCGGAAACAAGUUUCCAAUUAUGCUGAUCUCUCUGUUCAGAAAGCCGCUAGAGAUGUUGUUCCACUGAAUAAUCUUCUAGAAAAGGCUGCAAAAAGGAGCACAUCUUCGAGUGUAAGGCGUUUGGAUCUUCUUCAGGAACUUCUCCGCUGGUUCAAGAACGACUUCUUUUCGUGGUUUAGUGAGCCGGUGUGCGAUGAAUGUGGUUCCACAAUGACAAUGACGCGUGGCACUCCGACGCAACAAGAAAUUGACGAAGGUGAUGCAGGAAGGGUUGAAGUCUACACUUGUCCUACAUCUCAAGCUCACCCGAAAAAGCGAUUUCCACGGUACAAUAAUCCAAGGAAGCUACUCGAAACCCGAGAGGGACGUUGUGGAGAAUGGGCGAAUUGUUUUUGUCUGAUACUCUGCUCUCUCCGCAAGUUUCAAGACACGGAGGCUUCAUGGUUCCCUGGUGUCCGAUUUGUUGUCGACUUCACGGAUCAUGUUUUCUGCGAAGUGUGGUUGAACGACCUUGAUGCAAACUCAACCGAUGGGCGUUGGGUUCACGUGGAUCCUUGUGAAGGUCUGGUCGACGCUCCUAUGGUCUACGAACUCGGAUGGAAGAAGUCGCUCUCCUACAUCUUUGCUCUGACCGUCCCACUGCCAUGGAUGUCGGCCACUCCUCCACACGAAACCGUCGACGUUUGUGAUAUCGUAUGGAAGUACACAGCUGAUUUUAUGGCGGUCUGCAGCAAACGCACUGAAAUUCGGGAAAGUCUUUUGGCGCAUUACCUUGCCCAAACUCACAAACAAGCUGCUCUGGCCUGGCAUCACGCUGAUAUCGACUACGAGCCCUUUACUCUUUCUGCUGUGGUUAAAGAGCUCGCACUGAUGACGCGUCCCCUAAAGAAAGUAGACCCCGAAAAGCAUCCGGAAGUUUUCAGGGGUCGACAAACUGGUUCCGUGGCGUGGAGAACCGCGCGAGGCGAGUUGGGAGUUGAGGCUGGGGCGCCCUCUGAACCCGCCGAUCAAUGGGACGGUACUGGAUCCGCGAUCACCCCAACGCCCAGCGAACUUGAACAGGGUUGUGUGUACCUGCGUUACAAUUGUGCCAGCGACACCUACGCCCGUCCCUACCACGAAUGCGCUAAGGCGACGUCGUCUGAGGUGCCAGGACCGCGCCGUAACAGUCGGGAGCCAAGUCACCUAAGCUCGACCUACAAGAGGGGGUGGGAUUCGUUGGCGUCACGAUGGAAGAACAUCGCCAGAAAGCACGAACGCGACUGGAAGAUGGUCUACCUUGCGCGGGAGGAGGGACGCAACACUGAAGAAGGUGUGAUUGAAUGGCUCAUUGAUUUGUCGGGGACUGAGUACUCUGUCGACGAGGUUACAUUGUUCGCCACAAUGGCCACCUUUGACGACCAAACCAAGGUUGUGUUCGAGCUUUGUAACGACGGGGUGUGCAAACAAGUGCCGCCCGGCUCCCCUCCUCUCUCCGCCUGUGCCGAUUUCGCCGGCGCUAAGCAACUCCGUCUCUCGGCCCGACUCUGGACGACCGAGGGGAAUUCCAGUGUUGACUCCUGCGCCUGGCAAAAGGCGCAGUUAUUCCGCCAAAAGACGAUCGCAUCAGCAGCUAGUCGGCUGAUUGGUUGGCUUCUUGUUGCCGCUCCCUAA